AUGGAGGUGACAGAAGGCUUUGUGGAUGACGCUGAAGCCCCACCAAACGAUGUAUUAUCGCUGGAACCACCGGAAGAUAGUCCAAAGAACUUUGCACCAUCUCCCGAUUUCUUGUGGCUUUGUGAAGAAUUAUUCAUACGUGUGGAGGACGUUAAAAAACAGGGCAGAGAGCGUCUUGGAUCCAAACCCAUUUCUAUGAGAUACUACGACGUGAUACAUCAUUUCGUCAAAUUGUGGCGGAGAACUGUUGGCGAUGAUAUAUAUCCUGCGUUUGCUUUGAUUCUUCCCUACAGAGAUCGGCGUAUCUAUAAUAUCAAAGAUUACACGUUAGUGAAAGCAGUCUGCAACUACUUGGCACUGCCCAAGCAGUCAGCUACCGAAAAAAGGUUGCUAAAAUGGAAGCGGAGGGCGACAAGAGGUUCGCGAUUAUCAAACUUUUGCGUUACUGAGAUCAAGAAGAGAAAGAGCGAACCUUCUCCGGAGAGGCGGAUUACCAUUGAUAAACUAAAUGAGUGCUUGGACCAACUGGUGGAGGAACGAAAUGCGAAAGGAGGCUUCAAGGGAUUGUCAGAAUCUCCUGCCUUCAACUUCUGCCUUCAGAAUAUGACUUUCGUAGAGCUCAAGUUCUUUUUCGAUAUUAUACUGAAGUACAGAUUGAUCGGCGGGCAAGAAGACAAAUUGCUGAGUUGCUGGCAUCCCGAUGCACCCGAGUAUCUUAGUGUUGUGUCUGACCUCAAGACUGUGACUAAGAGACUUUGGAACCCGGAGAAUCGUUUAAGACAUGACGAUCUGAGUAUCAACCUGGGAUACGCGUUUGUUCCACAACUGGCGAAGAAGGUUUCCGUGUCAUAUGAAAAGAUUUGCGGUAAGUUGAAAAACGAUUUUGUCAUAGAGGAAAAGAUGGAUGGUGAAAGGAUUCAAGUGCAUUACAUGGAUUUCGGCGGGAGCGUGAAAUUCCUAAGCAGACGUGGAAUCGAUUUCUCAUAUCUUUAUGGGGAGAGUAUAAGUGAAGGGCCUGUAGCUCAGUACUUGAAGUUCAAUCCAAAUGUCAAAGACUGCGUUUUGGAUUGUGAGAUGAUAACUUAUGAUACAGACAGAGGUGUUGUUUUGCCGUUUGGUUUAGUCAAAAGUAGUGCAAGACAAGCUCUCAGCAUGGAAGGCAUCUGCACUCAAGGUUAUCGCCCUAUGUUAAUGGUCCUGGAUCUUGUCUAUCUGAAUGGCGUCUCUUUGAUUAAGUUACCUUUGCAUCAGCGAAAAGAAUAUUUGGUCAAAAUUUUGACGCCGUUUCCGCAUGCCGUGGAUAUCUUAUCAUAUGUUCGCUGCUCUGAUCAGAUCGCCAUCAAAAGAUCUCUUGAAAGAGCCAUAUCCAUGGGAUCUGAAGGGAUUGUGCUGAAGAACUUCAACUCUCGAUACGAAAUUGGGGCUCGAAAUGAUAACUGGAUCAAGGUGAAGCCUGAGUACUUGGAGCAAUUUGGAGAAAAUAUGGAUUUGAUCAUCAUUGGCAGAGAUCCCGGCAAGAAGGAUUCCUUGAUGUGCGGACUAGCAGUUUAUGAAAAUGAAAGCGAUGCGGCAGAGAUAAAAGCAGCAGAGGAAGCUGAAAUCAUUAGUCUGGAUUCUGACAGGGAAGAAGCAGACGAGCCCGAUCACAACAAAGUGAUCAAGAAGUUUAUAUCUUUUUGCAUAAUUGCUAACGGAAUUUCUCAGGAAGAAUUCAAGGAUAUUGAUAGGAGAACGAGGGGCAAUUGGACAAAGUCAGAAGAUCGGCUACCGCCUUCUAGUCUACUUGAGUUCGGAAGCAAAAUCCCAGAAGAAUGGAUAGAUCCAAAGAAGUCUCUAAUCAUCGAAGUGAAAGCCAGGUCUUUGGAUAAUACAGAAAGCAGCAAAAAGAAAUUCUCAGCUGGUUGCACGCUUCAUGGAGGCUACUGUAGGAGAAUCAGAGAUGAUAAAGACUGGACGGGAUGUUAUAGCUUAUCCGAACUGUGGCGGGAAAGGCGUCAAAGAUCAGGUACCGCCAUAGGUUCCUUGAAUAAAAAAUAUCCCAAGACCGAUAAGGCUAGGAGAAAGAGAAAUGACAUUUUCGUGGACCAAGCCCUGGAGAUGGACGACGCCGGGCUAAAGUCAAAUGUCUUUGCCAAUCUAUACUUUUAUGUCCUCUCCGACUACAUCGAUCCCGAACUGAACACUAGGAUAACGAAGCCUCAGUUGAAUAAUUUGAUUAAACAAAAUAGUGGAAUGCUGGUUCAGAACCUUAUUUCCAAGCACCAUAUGGAGAAUUCUUUUCGCAUCAUCAGUGGUAAACUUACCGGUGAAUGUAAAUCUUUGAUAAACAGAGGCUACGACAUCCUAAGCCCGCGAUGGAUCCUGGACUGCGUAAGCUACGGAAAGUUGGUUAGGAUAGAGCCAAAACAUUGCUUCAAUGUGUCCGAAGAGCUGAUGAAAAUAGCCCGAGAAAGGGUUGAUCGUUUCGGCGACAGUUUUGUUUCUACCAUCUCGGAACAGCAGCUGGAGAGCCUGAUCACCUCAAAUAUAGACAGCACCCCAGUCACAGACUAUAACCACAUGGACCGGAGCCCAGAGCUCAGUCAGGUUCCGAUUUUCCUGUUUUCUGGAAGAAUAUGUUAUGUACCGGAGAUGUUUUUCAGUGCUACAGAGAGAGCUGCGCUACUGUCCAAAAUCAAGCUCUAUGGGGGUCUUGUGGCUUCUGAGCUUAUAAAUUGCAACCUCAUUGUUGUAUCGAUGACUACGUGCUCAAGAGAUCCGCCGCUUCAAAAGCUCAGAGAAUCUGUCGCACAGCUCAUCGCUAAUUUUGACAGCCCUCAACCGAUACCUCAUCUGGUAACGUCCGAGUGGAUAGACAGAUCGAUUCAGGAGAACUGCCAAGUUCCUGAGGAGGAUUUCUAUCCAGCUUAA